AUGGAUUCAUUAAAGUUUAUAAGACAUAUCCCAUUAAUAAUUUCAACAAUAUUUAAAUAUUUUACAAGAGGACCCCCACAACCAUCAUGGAAUUUAAAACUUUAUUUAUCAUUAGAAUUAACUCGAUCACUUUUUAAAUCGUAUUCUGGAACAAUUGAAGAGUUACAAAAUUAUGUUUUGAUUAGAAAUGAGAGCAUUCCUUCUCAUAUUAAGAUUGAUAAAAUAUUUAUUUCACAUGAAUAUAGAAUUAAUGCUCAGGCGUACAUUGAAAGACUUGUAAAACCUUACGAAGUUGCUAUUGAUCCGAUUUGGAAAUCUCCCAGAAAUAAUGGAAUAAAUGGUGAAUUCAUUAUGAAUAAAGAUUGGAACUUUAAUAAUGAAGAAGGUAGUUGGGAAAAGGAAAAAAUUGUUAUAUUCUUACAUGGUGGAGGUUAUUGUUGUGGAAAUAUUGAUUCUAGUCGUGAAAUACUUUGCGAGAUAUCAAAACUAUCAGGUGCUCGCAUAUUAGCAAUUGAAUAUCGAUUGGCACCACAACAACCCUUCCCUGCAGCGUUAUGUGAUGCUCUAGCAGCUUACUUAUAUCUAAAAAAUCCACCCAAUGAUGCUAGAUUUAAACCGUAUAAGCCAGAGCAGAUAGUCCUACUUGGGAGUAGCGCUGGGGGUGGAUUAUCACUUUCAUUGGGAUUAGCAUUACGCGAUUUAGGUUUAUCACUACCAGCUGGUAUAGCUUUAUGGAGUCCAUGGGUAGACCAAACACAUAGUAUGCCAUCAUAUUCUGAUCAAAUGUUGAAUGAGAUAGAUUAUGUACCACUAAAAACAGGAAAUUUAUUUGCAAAUGGACCUUCAAUUGCAUUUGAUGAAUUUAAACAGAGAGCAGAAACCAUUACAAGAAAAAUUCAACAAUCCGAAAUCAAACUAAUUGGUGAUGAAUCUUUAAAGAGAAUUGGACAGCCCAUUAACUUUUAUGUGGUAAAUGAAGGACUUGCUAUCCCAUAUGUUAGUCCUGUUUUAGCUGAAUCUCUUGGUGGUUUACCUCCGAUGUUAAUUGUAACGGGAAAUGUAGAACGAUAUCGUGAUGAAGCAAUUUACCUUUCUUACAGGGCUUCUAAUCCAGAAAAAUAUCGUUUACCAGCUUAUGAAACAAAUUUUGAUAAUUCACGUUUUAAAUUUCCGACCGAAGUUACACUUGAGGUAUUUGAUGAAAUGUUUCACGUCUUUCAGGCUUUUAAAUAUUGUGAACCAGCAAAUGUGUCAAUUCGAAGAACUAGUAAUUUUAUUUCCCGUAUAACACAAGAAUCUGUUUUAGCUAAUCCUCUUCCACAUAGGUUCAGUACUUUAAAAAUAAGUUAUGAUGGAGAAGUCCGGCCUUUAAGUGAAUCAAGCAUUAAUCAUAUCCUUAGAUGGGAUCAAGUUGGAGUAUAUCCAGAUGUAUAA